AUGGCUGCAUCCGGCUACUUCUCGCCGGGUGCACCUACCAAUUCGCAGUCUACGGCCGCGGAUAGAACUGGAGCACUCGAGAAUUGGCAGACGAGAGCUGCAAAUCAGCCUCGUCGACAAUCGAAUCAUUACCUUCCGAGCAAGCGGUGCUUAGAUAGCUGGCAGUCAGGUGAUCUCAUCAGCGCAAGCGCGCCAGAUACGGCACCAGGUAAAGCUAGCCGGAAAGCCCGAACCACCACUCUGCUUGCGGGUUGCGACCUUUAUAACCCGGAGACUCCAUGGGGGACCCUGGGAGUUGCCUAUGAUCCGACGUCGCCGUACUGGACAUGGCAGGCAUCUCUGGUACCGUCAGCAACGCCACCGAUAUACCCCGGAAACGACGAUGGAAUUUUUGAGAAAUUAAGGGCGGCGGCGGCUUUAGUGUCUCAGAAUGCAAAUUUUGAGCCAGAUAUGCGGAAAGAAAAUUUGGAGACAUGUUCCGAUGACAUUUUGCGCCUUCUUCGAGAUAUCUCUGAAGCUGAUCCGCUGGCCGACGGGAUUGAGCCAAAAAUAGAGUCAAACGAAGAUUCGUCCUCGGUGCCGGCUGCUGGCGAAGGUGGGGCUUAUCGGACUACCCCCAUAGAUGGCCUAGCAAGCAGUGGUAUAUCUUCAAGGAUGACUAGGAAGGCAAGUCGCAAGAGUGUGCGAGUUGCAGACGGUGAGCGCGGACCUAAGGCAGUGCAGAAAACCAAUGGGGAGAGCAGCAGACGACCAACAAUGCCCAGGCCGUCCGAUCCUAAUGGCCGAAUCGAUAAAGUUUUGCGGUGCUGCCCCGUGGAGGUGCCAAGUAUCCUCCACAUGAUUCUCGACAGAACCGGUGACAAGCUUGAUCCACGCAUGGUAGAGCAAUACUCAGGACAUGUUGACAAGCUUUGCGAUAAGCACUUGGAGAAGUACCGCCACCUCAAGAACUCCAUGGCGCACAAUCGCCUCUCAUUGAGCUGCCCAGAAGCGGCGCAGAUUGCUACGCCAGUGCUUUCUAUCGCCAGACUACAGACGACCGCUCUAUCGCCACCUGGGGCUCCGCCGCUUGCGGUAAUGCGACAAGCUUCCUCGCAUGUCUGGUCGCCAGACGUACCUACACUGACUACAGAACAUCCGGCGCGUAAGAAGAGGAGGACGCCCGGUGACCUCCAUCGCACGGCUCGCAUUCCUAAAGCAGUCGGUCGAAGUAGCGUGCGUCCUGUCCCCAACGUCAUUCGGGACAGCCAAUAUCGCAAGCAGGUGCUUUGGGAGAUUCAGGAACGGUUGGCGAGAGCCGCCACGGGAGAAGGUGAACAGCAGUUCCGCACGCAUGGGGAGGUGACUAACCGCAUCGUGUUUGACCUGCUGUCGGUCGCGAAGCAGCCGAACGCGUCGCCGGAUCACGGUCCUAUGGAUGUUCACUUUCUGACAGGGGAGGAGGCCCGAGCUAUGCUGGACGUGGGCUCGCCGAUGGAGCCAGUCGUCACGGAGAAGGAGCAGAUGUUCCGGUGGCAACCUCGGCGACGGCCCAUCGCGGAGCUAUUCCGGCGUAUGGAGAAUUUGGAUCGGCGGGUGUCUGUGCAGGUUCCGUCGCUGAACUGUAUGGGUGAUUCUUUUGAAAGCCGGGGCUUGGAGCAGGUUCGCGAUCGGUUUCUCGGCGGGGUAGCAUGCAGUGGCACCGGCACCAGCAGUGGCGAUGGCAACGAGACGGACGAUCCCUGGAACAUUUUAGACCUACGCAGCCCCAUCCCGGCGGCCGUGCUUCCACAAUUUUUGACAUGCGAGAACUGCCAGCUGCUACCACGGCUGCGCGAUGAAGUGUUAAACCCGGACCGGGCGGAGCGUGACACAGCCACACGCACACAGUGGAAUGAGUGGCGCGACGUGCUCGAAUGGGUGCUAUUGUCGCAAGGCGGCCACAACACAUCGCCGCACACGGACAGUCACGGGCUGGCGACAUGGAUCACGGUGCAGGAGGGUCUGUUUGGGUACGGCUGGUUAUCGCGGCCGACACCAGAAGAGCGCGAAGGCUGGAUGGCGGAUCCGCAUGGCUUCACCGGCGGACACUGGUGCUACCUCGUCCUAGAGCCGGGCCAGACUGUAUUUUUCAACUCAGGCACGGUGCACUUCGUGUUUCGGCUGCGCAGCGAGCACACCCUGGCACUGGGCGGCCACAUCCUACAGUGGACGGGCAUCGAGCGAUGGUUGCAGAUCGUUGCGGCUCAGAUGCGCAAUCCACACAUCACAAACGAGGAUAUGGAGUGGAGUGCGCCCAAGUAUGUGCGUAUUGUGGCCCGCCUGGUUGAGAUGCGGCUGCGCAACGGUCGUGUGACAGAAAUGGGCGGAGAAGCCGCCAUGCGGCGGCUACUGGCGAUGCUCAAGGUGCGUUCUGGCGAGUUAGCACUCUGA